AUGUCAAAAAUUAGUGAUAUUAUGAUCGAAUCACUCCAAACUCAACUCAAAACAGCAUUGGUUUUGACACCAGACUCCGAAGGGUAUGAGGCGAGUCUGGUCCGAUGGUCGGAGACGGGCAUAAAACCUGCGGGAGUUGUGGUACAAGCCGUUGACUCUGCUGAUAUCAGCACAGCGUUGCUAUGGGCGCAGAAACAUGGCCUCGAUGUUGCUGUGAAGGGCGGUGGCCAUUCCACUGCUGGCACCAGCUCAAGUGAUGGAGGUCUAGUGAUUGAUUUGUCGAGAAUGAAGAAUGUCAAGGUCGAUCCCAUGGCCAAAACAGUUAAUGCGCAAGGUGGUGCAACAUGGAAGGAGGUAGAUGAAGCUGGUGCAGCUUAUGGAUUGGCGACUGUGGGAGGAACCGUGAAUCACACAGGAAUUGGAGGACUGACACUGGGGGGCGGAUAUGGAUGGCUGAGUGGUCAAUACGGGCUCACAAUUGACAAUCUCUUGUCUGCUCGGGUGGUCUUAGCCGAUGGUUCUCUUGUGACGGCAUCUGCAUCUGAGCAUCCUGAGUUGUUUUGGGGAUUACGUGGGGCCGGGUACAACUUUGGUGUCGUGGUAGACUUCACCUAUCAGGCUUACGAUCAAGCGGAACUGGUAUUCUCUGGGAUUUUGGCAUUUACGAGUGAAAGGCUGGAACAAGUUUUUGAACAACUAAAUGCGAUUCUCGCGAUCCCCGAUUCCCGCUCGGGCGCCAUGUGCAUCUUCGCCCAGGCCCCAGAUGGCUCGGGCCCUAUGAUAAUCGUUAUUUGCUUUUAUAAUGGAGCGACCGAAGAAGGAGAGAAGAGGUUCUCUGGAUUGAUUCAUCUUCGCCCCAUUCUGAACACUCUGGGUAUGAUUCCAUAUUCGAUCGUGAACACACUCCAAAACCCCCAGGCGACCUACGGUGCUCGCAAAUCUUUCAAAGGGAUCUUCUAUGAACCGCCUGUCGACUUAAAAUUCGCCCGCACCGUCUUUGAGGACUUCAUGGCGAAGAUUCAAGAUGAGCCAGACCUGAUGCAAUCUGCUAUUAUCCUUGAGUUCAUUGAUAUGCGUAAAAUUUGCGAAACGCCUGUCUCGGCAACUGCGUUUGCAAGUCGCAAUUUCACCCAAAACGGUAUCAUUUACCUAAGGUGGACCGAUGAAUCAAAGGAUCUGGAGCAUCGAACAUGGGCGCGCGAAAUUCAAGCCAAGUGGAAAACUAAAUUAGACACGAGGGUAAUAGGCCAGAAACGAGAAGGGGAAGUACCCCAAUAUAUCAACUACGCGGAGCGUAAGUCUUUUCCAUUACUUUACGUAUGA